AAGUAUCAGUUGUCAAAAAAUAUGCUCAUGAGGAACUGCUGAUAAACAAAAAAACUGAUUUUGACAAAGAAAUAGUUAAGUAUCUUAUGUUUUCUUUUGAAAUGUAAAGAUUAUUUAACAAGGUUUCGUUUUUGUUUGGUCUUGUCAUCGGUUUUCCCAGAAUGCUUCAUUUCUUUUGGAAAGGUUGGAGUUUACAUGUUACAUAAUUGUUUAAAGUUAUAUGAUUGAUAUGAUGACUAUUGUUUCAGAAUGUGUUCCUAACUGGUGGUUGUGUGUCAAUUCCUGGGUUCAAAUCUAGGAUAGAAAGUGAACUUUUAGCAAUGAGGCCAUUCCAGUCAACCUUUAAAGUAUCAGUUGCAGCUGAUCCAGUACUUGAUGCUUGGAGGGGAGCUCGGAUCUGGAGUUUAACUGGAGACAACCUGAAGAGCUUCUCCACUACAAAAGCGGAAUAUUUAGAGAAAGGAGGAGACUACCUUAAAGAGCACCCAGCUUCUAAUUGGUUUGUACCAGUCACGUUCAGUCAGAGAUUGGCAGCAGUUCCGACUUUAGUGGUGGAGAAAACUUAGAGCUUCGGGAAGUUCACUGUGUAAUAUUUAAUAAUGAUUAAGCAUUGAUGUAUACAUUUAGACAUGUAAGAUGCAACAUUGUUUUUCGAUUUUAUGAGAAAAAUAAUAAACUUACAAUGAAUUUUCUCCAAGGUGA